CUCAGGGGUCAUCGUCACACUCAAGCGCAUUGUAGCGCUGAGAAAAGGUAAUUGUGGGCCGAGAGAUUUCUCACAAAAACAUGUCAUGUCUCGUGGACUAGAUGGACGGAUUAAAUGCUUCAACCGAGGAAGUUGGAGAGACCAUCGACAUCGGAACAGAAGAACUAGUGGAAGCCAUGACGGGAGUUGAUGUGACAAUGUCGCAGCAGACAAACACCAAUGCACAAGAAGGGGGGAUGGAGAAGGAGUGUGGCAUAGGGGCGACAAUGGAUGUUGGGAUACAAAAGAUGGUGAUGGGUGAUGAUGAUGAACUUGGGAGAGGUCGCAACAGCCAUAGCACAAUCGUGAUUGGUAAAGAAGUGGCGGACAGGCAAGAUGUCGGGAAAGUGCACUUCCGUAUGUUGUGCAUUGUGCCUAACGAGAAUGUUAGAAGGAUAAAUGUCGGGGAAUGUUUUCAGUAUGCUAUCAAUUGGGGACCUAGAUGUAUACAACCUGGCAUCAUUAUAGGUGAGUACUGCUUAGCCUUCAAAUGUCGAGGAAGUUGGAUGCCUUAUCAACCACCCACGCCGCUGACAUGGCGCAAUGUCACUGCGGCCAUAGUUUUGGACAGGUUGAUCAGACUCAAUGACAGUGCAUCUCUGUCAAAUGUCUCACGUCUUUCUCUCGACAUGUGGAAUGAACUCUCGGAGGCGGGUGAUUUACGGCUCAAUGAUUUCUUGUAUGAUGGUGUGGUUUGCCGUGAGUCAUGGGUCAUGGAAGAGGACACAGGAAGAAUGAAUGUUGUGACUGAUGUCAACGAUCCUAGAAGGGAUGUGCAAUGGGGCUGGGUGCCGUCACAAAUUCCUUUUCGUUAUGGUCAUUGUAAGAUUCUUGUGCGUUAUCUCAUGGGUAAUUGUUGGAAGACUACGUACGUCAAUGACGAGUUCAGAUGUCGAUUUUUUGACAGAAAGGUGUGUGCACAGGAGAAGGAUGCCAUGACACAUGAUGGUCAUAAUGCUGGUGACUUUUGUCCACAACUUGCCCACUCUGUGCGCAUGGAAUUGUCGGACGACAAAGUUUUCAGAGGGGCUGAGAGCGUGAGGUACGAGUUGUCUAUGGAAACACAAGCUACAUACUGUGUACAAUGCUACGGCAUAUGAGACCCAAUGGUGACAAUGGAGGUGUUGCGGCUGGAAUAUGACAUCGCAGACAGUGCCAUCGAUUUGAGCAAAUUGCAUGCAUACGUGUCG